AUGACCAUUCCACCUCCAUAUUAUAACAGUGAUCCACACUCCUUUGGCUUUUCGACAGCCAGGUCGAGAUGGCCAAAAAUUCUUCACACUGCAAUCGAUGACACGACUCGUGAAAUCUCAAUUAGAGAAGAUAUCGACGCAAAAACGGAAGGAGCCCAAAUUGUUCAGGAAAUCAUCCAACUGGUUGAAGAAAUACAAGCCAAUUCCUGUCUCACGCCUUUUUCCAGCCUUUUCAUUCCGGGAUUGAAGUCCUAUAAUGAAACUUUGUCAAAGAUUGGAGAAGUUACUUGGUUGACUGGCCCUUGGUUAUUCUGUGAGUGUUACCUCUACAGACGUCUGGAUACAAUUUUCAAAACCAAGUCAAAGUGGCUAGAAUUUGAUGUAUUUGACAGGCUCAAGAGAGAAACAUUCAAGUCAUCAGCCCUUGGGAUAUACGAGCUUGCCAUUAGAUAUAAGCAGCUGAAUAGCCAAAUUCAGGAGAAAAAAGAUAAUGAGCUGGAUUUGGAGAGUUUGCAAUUAUUAUUUGAAGAGUUCGUUGAUGUUUCCUUGUGGGGUAAUGCUACCGACUUAUCGUUGCUAGCAAACGCAUCUUUAGAUGAUAUCAAAUCUGUUCAAGGCAAAGAGGCGAGAGCAAAUUCCUCAAAAAAUAUAUUAUGCAACGAUCUACCUCAAGCUUGGAACCGUCUUCAUUCUUUACCAUUGGCAAAAAGACGAGUCGAUUUUGUGUUGGAUAAUGCAGGAUUUGAGUUGUUCACAGAUUUGAUGCUCAGCUUGCUGUUACUUGACACGAAAAUCGUCGAUAAAGUGGUUUUGCAUUGUAAAUGUAGACCAUGGAUGGUGAGUGAUACUAUGAUAAAGGAUUAUCACAAUUUGAUCAACGAUUUAAAAGAUUCAUCUAUAUUCGAUGAGCACAGAUUCGAAAUCGACUUCCUGAUCUCAAAGCUUGAAAGUUAUAGAAACCAAGGGAAGAUUGAAUUGCAAGACUCGGAAUUCUGGACAGUGGAUCUAGAUUACUGGAAUUUGAGCCCUUCGGAGACUAAGUACGGAGGGGCCGAUCUAUACAAGUAUUUUCAAAAUUCCUGUUUAGUGAUUGUUAAAGGUGACCUGAAUUACAGAAAAUUGACCGGAGACAGACGUUGGCCGAGAGAUACUCCGUUUACCACAGCAAUCGAUGCACUAGCAAGCUCAAAAAUCCAUAUUCUUGCAUUAAGGACGUGUAAGGCAGAUGUUUGCGCAGGCUUGCCGCCUGGGAAGGACGAAGAACUCUCGCAGUACUGGAAAAGCCUAGGAAACGAAUACGGAGAAUUGUGGUGCUCGAGUGGAAAGUGGGCCGUCAUAUCAUAUAGCGAUGGUGAAAAGUAA